AUGGAUUCAAAGUCUCGAAUUGCGCAAGAAAAACUUGCAGGGCUUGAGAAAACCUCAGCGCCAUUUGAGGAACAAAUACGAGAAGCUGGAAAAUUUGUUGAUAUCGAUUUAGACAAGGUCGCAACCGCAUUGGACUAUCAAAAACACGAAGAGAAAGCAUUCAAGCAGAAAUGCGCGGCUGGCUCGUUUCAUGGUAGGGAGGAAUGGCUUUUGCGAUGGCUUUUGAAGAAACUCCAGUCGCCAAAAGAUAAAACUCCAAGGGUUACACCGUCAUCGUGGCAUCUUUUUCGUUUAUUGUUAAAUGCGAUCCCGCUGGCGAAUACUGCACGCAUGCUUACCGAUAAGAAGUUUAUCGCAACCCUACAACAGACAUUACAAGAAGCACAGGAGAUCAGAGACGUCGACGAACCCUGUGUGGGAGCACAUGAUGAUUCAAUGUCAGGGUCCGACUCGAGAGAGACGUCCAUCAUCUCGAAGAAGCGCAAACGAUCGGGAGAGCUGGUUACACACACGUAUCAUGGCCCAGCCAAGGGGCUGAGAGGCUUAGUUAUGGCAAUUCAUAGUGCCAUCCAUAGUAUUGUUCGGUCUACCAAAGUUUCUUUCUCGCAAAGUAAAACAGGCAAUGGUAGAAGCACAGCAUUCACCACGGAAUACAUGCGAGCGGUCGUGCGAACCACGCCUGAAGCGUCCGCAAUGGUUCUAGGUUCUUGGAUGUCCCUUUGCCAAACAAUUCUAGGCCAAGAAGCUGGUCCAGCCAUAUCGUCUCACUUACUAUCUCCAUUUGUCGACAUCUGGGACUACCGUGUGGUAGGAAGCGAAGAUCUUAUGCAAUUUUCUCUUCAUUGUUCGGAACCUUUGCUAGCAUUGUUGAAAAGGACGAAGGCAAAUACAGCCACAAGAGAUUGGCAGACGACUUUGGAGAAAGUUAUUGCUCGCAACAUUAUCAUUCCCUCGAAAGCGAAUGCUGGAGAGAAGCAAGAUUCCACUCUAUUGCAAAACUUAACGAGAGUACUAGUCUUGCAGGAUGUUGCUAAUGCUCCUAUUCUUUUCGAUGUUGCAACCCGGUCUUUGCAGCCCCAUGGAGAUCGCCGAAGACGGCCAGCAGACAAUGCAUGGCUUCAGAUUGUAUUUACCACAUUAAAAGCUGCUAUACCUCCAACUAAAACAAGGGCGCACAAUCUUGCCAUUCGCGAAAUACUCCAGAACUGUAUCCAACACGAAGUAGACCUUGGCCUCAGUGAACUACGAAUUCUGGCGGCGGAGUAUGUCAUACCGGAUGGAAACACAGAUUGGAAGCUUUUGGAAACUUUGAUGAAACUCGAUGCAAAUGUUUUCCUCAUCCCCGAUGACGAAAAAGAUUUGUUGAACACUGUACUGGAGAGAAUUACUAACAUCUAUUUCGACCAAUCUUGGUCCGAGCAAUCUCAACAUAUUGUAUCUGAAAUUGUCGUUCCUUUAAUGCAUGAGUUUGCAAAAGCUCGUGAUUUAUCCGGUUUCGUGCGCCACUGGUACACUCAGCUUGCCAAGUUUGAGCAUAAUCGAAAGGACGAUGCAAUGUUCACGGCAGAUGCUUUUUGUGCUUGGGAGGAUGAAGCAUUACAGAUUGAGCUUUCCAAGCUCCUUGAAAACUCAUUGACUGUCCAACAAAUAGUACAGCUAGUCGAUUGGCUGGCUGUAGAGACUGCAAAUGAGCCUGAAGCCGUGGUUACCGUUCUUGAUGCCAUUGCGAACUCAAUUACAAGAGAGGAUGUUGUAGAUAUCAUUGGAACACGUCUAUAUCAUGUGAUUUUUGACAACGGAAAUUUCAGCACAGUGGACGAUAGAUAUAGCUGGCGAGCCUGGAGAGUCUUGACUAGAUCCUUCCAAUGGAUGCAGCCUCCUCAUUUGAAUGAAAUUACCGAGCUAUGGGAGCAGCAAGCUAGCCCGUUCAGCAUAUUAUCUUCCCAAACCUUCAGUCAUAACGGAUUAUAUAGUUUGGAAAUCUUUAGAUGUGCAUGCUCAGCUUGGAAUGCAGCUGAAAAAGGGUCGAAAUUAGAAAGUCUUGCAUCUCCAGUGGUUUUAAGUUGUCUUUCGCAUCUGGGUCCUUCUGUUGAUGCCUUGAUUGACCGAAAAAGGGGAGACAUUGAAGAAUGGCCAGUUUAUCUCAACGUCUUGUCACGAGGAGCCCAAUGGACUGCAUGGUCAUUCUAUAAUUGCAUAUUUCAAGAAUACCCCCGAGUCCUAGACAGAAGGGAUAGAGAGCGUAUUAUGCAAAGUUGGUCAAUAGACGUAUUGGCAAAAUCCCCUAAUUGUUAUCCUGCUGUGCUAGCACUGAAACUGAAAAUUAUGCAUCGCCCUACAUUCUACAAGGGCAUGAAAUACAAAGAUUUCGAAGAAGUCGAGAAAUUAACUAAGAAAGUCGGGUUCGAGGAAAUGCCUAAACGAUUUGAAACUCUCUUUACCUCAAAAGAGCUUGUUAAGUUAACCUUGUCCCAUGUUACCAGUAACUUGGAUCAGCCUCAAAAUCGCACCUAUAUCUUAGACGCCAUAAGUUAUUUCCGUGAUAAGCUCACCAAGCUUGCUAACGACGAGAAGAAAUCUAAGGGCGAGAAGACUUUACCUUUUAUCUCCACAUCAAACUCGCUAUUUAACGUUCUUAUCGCCAAAUCAAAACAGUUGCAUGAUCUAGCUAUUAUCAGCAAUGAAGAUUUCACAAAACUUUGCACAUCCUUUAGGCAAUUCCUGCUUGUUCAUUUGCAACAUCGACUAAAACAUAAACCCAAGACGCACGAGCUUGGAAGCCACAGGGAUGGUUCAUUGUCGAUCGUUGUCAUUCUUCAAGCCCUUGAAUCCCUGGACGUCGAUUCAUCAUCACUUGAAGCUUUCGCCGCAGACGGCCAGGCAUACAUCACGAAGCUGAGUAAAGGUAAUCCAGAAGUGGAUUAUGUACGCCAGCUUUUACCAGAAUUCUUUGCUGCUCAUGUAUUGAGCAAUGAAGAUGGAACCCUCAAUACUACUUUGGAAGCUUUUAUUAAUACUUCUGCUGGGAGAGCUGGCAUAAAGAAAAAGAUGGAAAUAUUGACUACUGGAAUGGACAACACAGGAAAGUUACAGCUGGUGCAGCAUUUAGUUGGCGAGGACUUGAUUGGCCUUACCCAGCUUGAGAAAUUGGUAGCUGUCAAAUAUGUUAUUGGCGCCUGUGAGAGUUACCAAUCCACUGAUGUAAACACAGCGCAAAGGCCACUGGAUCUUUGUUUGCGUCGUGCACUCUCCCAAUGGUCAGUUGAUCGUACUCUUGCUAUAAUUGCCAUAAUAUGCUCCAGCAAAGGACCUUCUCUACCUGUCUCUCAAGCCGGCAAUAUCUUCAUCCGUCUCUGUACAUUAAUGAAAGCCGUUCUUACUAACCACCGAUUCCGCCUCGAGGGACAUCUCCAUUGCGUUAUACAAGUUCUACAACCUCUUCUUCGCUGCCUCUUUACGGCCCAUUCACACACCUCUAAGAGACUACUUCAAGCAUUUGCACCGGCUCCUUGGCUCCCACAAUUCCAAUCAUCCGCGAAUUCCACCUCAUCAAAUGCUCUAUCACAAAGAGCCGCCGAGGCUUUCACACGUCUUCUCACCCUCAUCUGUGAUCCCACGCCUAAUUCUAUCUCCCAUUCAUCGAUGAACAAUCUUACAUCUGCUGUGGCCAAGGCUAAAAAGAUUGCUGGCCAACACAUGCACAUUAUACUUGAAACCUACAUAAAAUUUAACCUCGAAAUGACGAUGAAGCCAGACGUCAGGGCUGCUAUGACACCCGGAUUGUAUGCCAUCUUUGGAUGUACUGAUAUGGAAGGACGAAAGGCUGUGGUUGAUGGGCUGGACUCAAGCGCGAGAGCAGUCUGGGGAACUUUGUAUAGAGAUUGGGCUCGAUUUGGAAGAUGGAAGGGUGCCUAA